GAGGUGAAUGAAGAGAGAUUCAUGUCGGAGUUGAAAGCAAUGCUUGAGAAGGAAAGAGCUGUUGCGGAAUUUCAGCCAGUUCUGGGCAACUUUGUAUGGUUGCAAAGGAGGGGAUGUUGCUUAAAAUGAUAGCGAAAAAGAAUUAUAACCCUGUCAUUACGGAUUUAAGGUAUGAAAAGAUGGAGAUCGAUGAUAGCGAAGAACAGUGUAAAAAGAGGAGGAAGCUUCCUGAUGGAAUUAGGCAUGGGAUGGAGCUGUUGCGGAAUGGGUUGAAAGUUACAGGGGAUGGUAUCUCUAUGUUGGAGCAAAAUGUCGAAUUUCAUGACAAGUUCCUCGCUCAUGUUUCUCGAUUAGAUGAUGCAAUUGGCCAGUUAGCAGGCUUAAACUUAUAUGUAAAAAGGAGGGACUAA